AUGUAUUUUAGAGACGUAACAAGACGACUUGCGAAGCGAGCGUUUGACCGUCUCGAAGGGAACGAAUUUGGGCUUUUCAAAAGAGUCGUAGACAAACGCGCUUUCGACAGGUCACUUUCAUUGAGGAUCAUCCGAACAUUUUGUUUUAUCUUGUCUCAAUUCAGACUAGAUUAUGCUGACUUCGGUCUGAGGAGGAAGCGCGAAUUUGACCGAAUAGCUAGAGCAGAGUUUGGCCUCACUGGUCUCCGUAGAAAACGAUCGUUCGAUAUAGCUUUCGAUGACUAUGGAUUGGGAGACAAACGAGCACUCGAUCGCAUUGGUGGUUCGGAAUUUGGACUUAUCAAGCGAUCCGUCGACCAUUACUCAGGCCGAGGUAUGUUACUUGCACAUGAUUGCGUAAUUCAUAUUUAA